UCUCGGGCAGCGCUGGCAGAGUCACGGCGUUAUUCGGACACAGAAACAGAGAGUGACAGAAUCGUUUAGGUUGGAAAUGAUCUCUGGGGUCAUCGAGUCCAACCUGCGACCCAACGCCACCGUGUCAGCCAGAGCAGGGCACUCAGUGCCGCGCCCAGUCUUAACACUUCAGGGACGGUGACCCCACCGCCUCCCUGAGCAGCCCGUUCCAAUGUCUAAUCAUCCUUUCUGUGAAGAAAUUCUCCCUAGUGUCCAACGUAAACCUCCCGUGGCACACCUUGAGACUGUGUCCUCUUGUCUUGCGUUUCCUGGGAGAAGGGACCGACACCCCCAGGACAGCCCUCAAACCACUGCAGCUCACCAUGUGCAUGCACACCUGCUUUGCUAAAUCCACACUGAAGCCGAAGUGGUGAGUAGCAGAGAGGAGGGCACGGAUAACAGCGUGAACCGCCGAUGAGACGGGAUGGAUCCCGAGCGCUCGGAGCAAUGCCGGCCCGGCCCGCCUGGUGGCAAACUGCUUUCACUGGAAGCGCUUCUCCGUUCAGCACAGUGACUCAGCUGACUUGGGUGAACCCCUGGAACUGUGCUAGCUGGAAACCAGCCUGGACAUGUCCUCUGGCUCCUACCACCGGGGAACUCCCUUAGCUGUGACAUUAUAAUGGGAGGUGGAGACACCUCGAGGAGAAGGUCGAGGCAGACAACAGCAAUUACAGUCAAUAACAUCUCUGACUUACCUCAGUUACAGAAGCCUCAGGAGAACUGUCCACCCUUCAAAUCUGUUUUGAUGCAUGACAUGGAGCACAGCCACUCUCAGUAGACUGCAGAAAGAGGCCAUCAAACCAUAACACAUCUUCGGAGGGCAAAAUGUUCAUCGGGGGACUGAGCUGGCAGACCACGCAAGAGGGCUUGCGGGAGUACUUCAGCCAGUUCGGCGAGGUGAAGGAGUGCCUGGUGAUGCGGGACCCGCUGACAAAGAGAUCCAGGGGCUUCGGGUUCGUCACGUUCAUGGACCAGGCUGGCGUCGACAAGGUCCUGGCCCAAUCCAGACAUGAACUGGACUCCAAGACGAUUGACCCGAAGGUAGCGUUCCCCCGCCGAGCACAGCCCAAGAUGGUGACCCGAACGAAGAAGAUAUUUGUGGGUGGUCUGUCUGUGAACACUACUGUGGAGGAUGUGAAACAAUAUUUCGAGCAGUUCGGGAAGGUGGACGAUGCGAUGCUGAUGUUCGACAAAACAACCAACCGACACCGAGGGUUUGGGUUUGUCACAUUUGAAAGUGAAGACAUUGUGGAAAAAGUGUGUGAAAUCCACUUCCAUGAGAUCAACAACAAGAUGGUGGAGUGUAAAAAAGCUCAGCCGAAGGAGGUGAUGUCCCCAACGGGCUCGGCACGAGGGCGGUCCCGAGUCAUGCCUUACGGGAUGGAUGCCUUCAUGCUGGGGAUCGGCAUGCUGGGUUAUCCAGGCUUCCAAGCUGCCACCUAUGCGAGUCGAAGUUACACUGGCAUUGCACCUGGCUACACUUACCAGUUCCCUGAGUUCCGUGUAGAGCGGACCCCUCUCCCGAGUGCCCCCGUCCUCCCCGAGCUCACAGCGAUCCCCCUCACUGCGUAUGGACCGAUGGCGGCAGCAGCGGCUGCGGCGGCCGUGGUGCGAGGGACAGGUUCCACCCCCAGUCGCACCGGUGGAUUCCUGGGCACCACCAGCCCCGGGCCGAUGGCAGAGCUUUAUGGAGCCGCCAACCAGGACUCAGGGGUCAGCAGUUACAUCAGCGCUGCCAGUCCAGCCCCGAGCACCGGCUUCGGGCACAGCCUAGGGGGUCCCUUGAUUGCAACAGCUUUUACCAAUGGGUAUCACUGAAGCUGGGGACCAAGAAGGCAGGAGAUUCCCCAGUGACCUAACCGAGGACAGCAAGCGGCUGGAGGAUCUGGUGAGCCUCGGGGGAUGAGCCAAGGUUACCUUUCUCUUGAAUCAAACUGCACACUGCCGGCUGGCUGCCAGGCUCCUGCCGCCCUGCCCCGAUCUCUCCCUUUGACCAGACCACACUGGACUGAACCCGAGGAGAUCAUCUCGCUUUCUUACUAACCACCGACGGUUUACGCUUCCCCCCUCCCCGCCCCCAGCCCACUGAUUCUUCUUUUAUUUAUUUUAUUAGCUGUUAGUUUUAUUUUUUUAUUUUAUUUUUUUAUCUUUUUUUUGGGGGGCUGCCCCUUCUUUUUGUUGUUUGCUCUUUCCCGAGCUAGUAGACAUAUUUUAUGAAUUGGCUUUGUGAUUGUGUUAGGUAGGUUUCAUUGAGGAGUAUUUUUAUUUGGCUUUGAAACUGUUUUGAAUAUUUUCAACUCUGUUGUUGUUGUCGUCAGUGUUUUUAAAGCACGGUAUGUAACAAGAAUGCAGUUCUGAAGGGAAGAAAGAGACACAGAGAGAGCAAAGGCUGAGAGGAACUGCUGUAUUUCUAUUUUUUUUAAAGAAACUGUUUUUAAUUGUUUCUGUUUUGUAAAUGUGAGGCUUUGAAAAGUGUGAAACUCCAAGGAUCCGAAAACGUUGGACAUCGCUAUGGAACAAAACAAAUGUAUAUUUUGCUAAGUGAAAAACACUAUCCUUACAGCUGAAAGAUUUUUUUUUUUUCCUAGGUUUAGUUUUAUGUGGGGUUUUCUUUUUCCUCCUGUAUAAUAUGUAAAUAUCGCGAGCUGAACCUGGCUGCCGCCUGCAGCCUGGCUCCAAGGAGCAGCUCCAGGUCCUGGACUUGGAGCCGCAGCGUGAGCAAUACUCUCCAGCAGAAUCCUGACAGGACUCCGUUCUUUUUUUGUACACCUUUUACUGUAAGAUUUAAGAUUUUAAGACCUCUGAUGAGACGAAAGGGGGGGUGGGGGGGGCGGGCGGGGGUGAAAUGUACCGGCCAUCGGCUGUUUCGCUGAGCGGGUUAAAGCUGCUUCCAAUUGCUCGAUGUACAGACUCCAUUCCUGGGCUCCGUAGUGCCGGCUCUGGGCUGGCUUAGGGAAAGGGCUUUGCCGCCGUUGCUUGUCUUGGUUACUUUGAAAGGAAUUCACUCUCCAAACAUUAUCGCUUGCGUCAAGAUUUCCUGGGAAGGGGGAUCCUCCUCCGGAGGCGAGGGUGUCGGAAGGGGUGUCAGCCAGGGGGAGAUUUGGGUGGUCGUUCUCUGAAGGGCAGGGCGCUGGGAUGGGGAUUCAUUAACAGGGGAGAAAAGCAUUAGGGUGGUGAUUUUGGGGCGGGUUAAGGGCUUCUCAGGGAUUAUAUGAAUUAUAGAAUUGCAGCUUCCCAUUUGCUUUACUCUGUGUUCUGAAGACUGUGGGAAUUUGUCCGUUGUCCUGUGUGGGGGUGAUCCGGUCCCUUCUCCAGAACCUGCUGGGGUUUCCCCUGGUGUGGUCCAGGCCCCUGCUAACCAGCACUCUGCUAGGGGAGGCCUCCAGCAGGAAUACACAGGGCAGGUUUGGGUCUGGAUUUCAGUGAACCAAAGACCUUGUUAAGGGGGGUGAUUAAGCCUUUUAUUAAGAUGCAGCCAAACUCUUUUCCCAGGGAAAUAACAGCUUCAUCUUAAGUUUUAAAAAUCAUUCCCUCUUUUCCCCCAAACUGAGCCCCUGUAAGGGAGAGGGGCAUUUAAGAAAGGACCGGGAGGGUCAUGGCACCCACAGGGCCCUUUUCCAUCUCUCCCCUGUUUGCUGGAGCUUGUCCUGACCUGGGCGAUGCGUUUGGAGAGUUCUGUUUAGGUAAGAAGGUACUUAACAGAUCAGUACUGAAAACACAAAGCAAUAAUUUUUGUUACUGAGACAAGAGUCUGUAUGUCUGUUUUUUUAAAUAUUUCCUAAUUAAAGAAGAGCUGCAUUUUAUUGGGUUUAUUUUUAUUCUAUAUACUUCAAAUUUGGGUCUGCGGGCAGCGCUUUCCUCCCUCUUGGUAUAUGCGCUGAACUGCUUCCGUGCCCCCUCCAGACAUCCCGGGCCAGCUGUGCUGCUGCUGGGCUGUGAGUCACUCUCUGGCCACUGCUGCCACUGCCUGGAGGCUGGGGCUCCGGUUUCAGGGUGGGCAUUUUUUUUAAAAGAAAAAUAAAGCUGUGUUUUUAAGCCAGUAAGUUAUUACACUCCAGUGUUUGUUCUCUCCACACCUGUAACCCUUUUUCCAGAUUUCAGUUUUAAAUUCCUAAUAAAUUAUUUGAAAACUGUC